UUUCACCUGCACGUUUAGUAAAGGUACACCUGCGCCUUGGAGUCACUGAGGUGUAGCUGGUGGUGUGAGUGGCUGCGAGUCUUGUUAAAAUCCCAUUACUUCACUUCUCAGAUCUCAGCCACACGCUGGUGUGGCAAGACUGUAAGACCGCAAGACUGCCUCCCUGCUUGCCUGUUUGUCUGCCUGUCUGCCUGUUUGCCUGCCUGCCUGCCUGUCUGCCUGCCUGCCUGUCUGCCUGUCUGCCUAUUUGCCUGUCCACGCCCUCCCGCCAACGGAUGCAAGAGUUAACUGGUAACUUCGUCUCCUGACUGGCCCGUAGUAGCUGGGUUGGUGACGUCACUGUGCGUACGUCAACACAACACACUGACGGCCCACGGGACACCGCCGCCGGGACACUGACUGGCUAACGGGACAGGCUGGACAGGCGGGCGUUGUGGGACAGUACACGGGAAAGGGAAGGCUGGAAGUGCACGAACUGAGGACACACACAAGGCGGGACGACACUAAUACACAGUGACACCUGGAACCAGACCAGAAUGGCAGACUACACGCUGGCCGGCCUGUCUGAGUCAUGGGUUGGAAGUCUGACUCUGAACCUGCUGUGCUAUGCUACAGUGUUUGUGCCGGGCUACUUCCUCAUCUGGUACUUCAAGAAAUCUAAAUACAUUGAGAGAGCUGGGUCCGGCCUUGUGCCUCGCCUCAUCACCUCCUGUGUGUAUGGCCAGAGCUAUGACAAGCUGGCCACCACUGACCCCUCACACACCAGGUCACUGCCGCCAGAGAAAUCCUUCAGUGCAAAGUGUAUGCAGCUCAGCUUUUGUUUUCUUGGCCUCCAGAUGUCCUACCUCACCUGGGGCGUCCUGCAGGAAAAGAUCAUGACAAAGGAAUACCACAACUCUGAGGGAAGCAUUGGCCACUUCAAGGACUCUCAGUUCCUGGUAUUUGUGAAUCGCAUCCUGGCCUUCAUGCUGGCGGCGAUGUACCUCACCUGCACCCGCCAGCCACGCCACACAGCUCCCAUCUACAAGUACUCCUACUGCUCCUUCUCCAACAUCAUGAGCUCCUGGUGUCAGUACGAGGCGCUCAAGUACGUCACUUUUCCCACGCAGGUCCUGGCCAAGGCGUCGAAGGUCAUUCCUACAAUGAUAAUGGGGAAGAUAAUUGCCUCCAAGAAGUACGAGUAUUAUGAGUAUGUGACGGCCAUGCUGAUAUCCGUCGGCAUGACACUGUUCCUCCUCGGCUCCACAGAAGCCCACGGCACCACCAGCAGCACCACCACCAUGUCUGGUGUCAUCAUCCUGGUGGGCUAUAUGUCCUUCGACGCCUUCACCUCCAACUGGCAGGGUGAGCUGUUCUCCCAGCACAAGAUGUCCUCGGUGCAGAUGAUGUGUGGGGUCAACCUGUUCUCGUGCCUGCUGACCACUACCUCUCUGGUGCAGCAGGGCACCUUCUCCCUUUCCCUGCAGUUCAUGCUCACUUACCCGGCAUUCUUCUGGGACAGUCUCAUCCUCUCGGUGUGUUCUGCCACAGGUCAGCUGUUCAUCUACUACACCAUAUCAGUGUUUGGGCCGGUAGUGUUCAUCAUCAUCAUGACUAUCCGGCAGGGGCUGGCAAUCCUUCUGUCCUGCUUCAUCUACUCCCAUCCCAUCACUCUAAUGGGCAUCCUGGGCAUCCUGCUGGUCUUCACCGCCAUCUUCCUGCGCAUCUACUGCAGCUACCGCCUCAGGCAGGUCCAGCAGAGGAAGACUCCCCCGGACACAACCAAGGUGUAACUGCACUCGUCCAGCCACUGCCAUUGUUGAUUCUUGUGUAAGGUUUAGUGUUUGAGUUAACCUGACGUGUUUGUCCAGGUUGACCUGAACAGACUCUUCUGCCAGUGAGUGCUGAUGCUUGUCUUCCACCUCAGAUGACUAAUUCAUGGAAGUUUGAGCUGGAAGAUGAGGUCAAUUUUUAUCCAUAAGUCCAAUGAUAUACAUAGGAAGAGGAGGAGAAGGAGGCAAACUCAAGCCAAGGUAAUCUUGAGUUGGCUGCAGCAACUUUUUCAUUACAUUCUAGUUAUAUUUCUCCCUUGCUUCUCUAUUUUAGUGCAAUUUUAAGCAUCUAUGUGUUCCAAGUUUUAUACAAAAGUUUUUAUUUACAAACUACUUGUCACCCCUGAUGCUGGCAUUAAAGAUGGACAUGUAGGGACAGACCACAGCUGGCACUCAAUAGUUGUACUGUUUCUGUUUAAACUUCAUGCCAUGCUUAGAAUCUCAGAGUAAGCUUUCUCAAGUAAGGCAAGUCAGCUUUCUGAAGUCAGGCAUCUCUAAAUAUUUAGUCUCCAUGUGCCAGUUUUCUGUUACUCUAGUCCUAAAUGUUGUCCAGUAUGUCUUGCAGUUUUCCCACUUUUCUCUGCAUUUCUUGUAAUUUUCCCCAAGAUGGAUGUUCCCUCAUUAGUGACAAACUUGCACAACAUUCAGGGAAUAUUGUGGUGUUGUUUUAGUGCUAACUUCUUGAAGAUUGUGAAGAUUGUGUUCACUUCACUUGUGUUCACUUUUGUUGGUGCUCAGUCCAUUCAGAGUGAAGAAUCUCAUGUGGCAUUCUUUUUGCUUUGGGAGGAGACAAGUGUAGUGAGAAGUGGUGUACAGGCCAUAGUGUUGCUGAGUUGCACCACACCACACACCACACCACUUCACUACAUGGCAAGUGAAGUGUUAAUAAUUUUCUGUUCAUCUCAGUAGGGUGAGUGGCAGAGUGCAGAAAGGGUGGUGUGUGUGUGUGUGUGUGUGUGUGUGUGUGUGUGUGUGUGUGUGUGUGUGUGUGUGUGUGGUGUGAGCAGCCACUGAACACUGACCCUGGGAAGGUUUUAGCCAUAUCAGUGCAAUUCUCUCAAGCACAAAUCUUACCUGUCUUUUGCCCAUAUUCAGAAACAACUUGCUCUCUCACCGUGACAGUUUUCCAAGGCUACAGAGACAACUAGCUGAAUUUUCAAGGCAGUUUCUCCUUACAGUAAACUAGAACUCUUGCUAAUCUAUCAUUAGAAUGACAAAAAUACCCUUAGAAAAACUAGUAUCUUCAACUAGAGCCUUUGGAAAGUAGUGGUGGUGAGAGAAUAGUGUUUCAUAUAUCUAUGGUGUUAUGGGAAGGACCAAAAUGAGGAUCUUGCUUUCAUUGUCAUCUAGGGCAGUGUGGGGAAGGACCAAGACAAGGCUUUCUAACAGUGGAAGCCUCUGUAUUAUAACAUUUUAAUUCUUAACUCUAAUUUGUAUAUGAAAUUCCAUAACCAUUUGGAAUAUUUGUCAUUUAUUUAUUACUUUGUUUAGUCUGAGCAUGUUCUGUGACCACAAACAUGCCUCUGUGUUACCAUGACGAGAGUUACUUGCUCUCCGGUGUUCAAAGAUUAUGGAUUGGAGACUGUGAUGUGAUGUGCAGUUGCCUGUAGAUUAUAUGCUCCAAACUUUUCUUCCCAUAUUUCAGGUUAGACAUGUAAUACUGCCCUUUUCUAUCUUUUUCUCUUCAUUCUUUUUUUUUCUCUUUCUCUCUCUCUCUCUCUCUCUCUCUCUCUCUCUCUCUCUCUCUCUCUCUCUCUCUCUCUCUCUCUCUCUCUCUCUCUCUCUCUCUCUCUCUCUCUCUCUCUCUCUGAAUAGGUUUCUCAUCUAAACACAAAUUUGUUACUCAUAUAAUUUUAUUUAUUGUCACAUGUGGUUUUUGACACAGCCAGCUUUAUUUUUGCCUUUGUUCCUCUGGUCCCUCCAUGUUAUCUUUGUCCAAAUGUAAAUGUUGAACUCCCUGUCAUGAAGGAUUGUUAAGUAGUGGUGGAUCUGGUGGCUGGUGAACACUGGACAGAAUUCAAACCCGUGCACUUGGAGACCCCUCAGACCCCAAAGUACGCAUGGUUCCACUGUACCACGGCUCUCUCUCUCUCUCUCUCUCUCUCUCUCUCUCUCUCUCUCUCUCUCUCUCUCUCUCUCUCUCUCUCUCUCUCUCUAGGUUUCUCAUCUAAACACAAAUUUGUUACUCAUAAUUUUAUUUAUUGUCACAUGUGGUUUUUGUAAACUUGUUGGAAGAUGUGUGGUGAUGAGGCAAUAUUGUUUAGUGAAGGGGUGUGGUGAAUGAGUGUUGAUGCAAUAUUGUUUAGUGAAGGGAUGUGGUGAAUGACUGUGGUGAUGCAAUAUUGUUUAGUAAGGGGGUGUGAUGAUAAGAUGUGAUGAUGAGGCAGUAAUGUGUGGUGAGAGCAUGUGAUGAGACAAUAUUGUGUGUUGAGGGACUGUGUGGUGACAGGAUAUGAUAAAGGUAGGCAAUAUUGUGUGGCAAAUGAGUGUGGUGACAGGAUAUGAUGAUGAGGCAAUAUUGUGUGGUGAGGGGCUGUGGUGAAUGACUGUGUGGUGACAAGAUAUGAUGAUGCAAUAUUGUAUGGUGAGGGGGGUGUGGUGACAAGAUAUGAUGAUGAGGCAAUAUUGUGUGGUGAGGGGGUUUGUUGCGUGACUGUGGGGGGGACAUCCUGUGGGUCUGUGGCCAGAGAGAGAGAGAGAGAGAGAGAGAGAGAGAGAGAGAGAGAGAGAGAGAGAGAGAGAGAGAGAGAGAGAGAGAGAGAGAGAGAGAGAGAGAGAGAGAGAGAGAGAGAGAGAGAGAGAGACUGACUGACUGACUGACUUACAGAAUCAGCCCCUUAGGCUUUCUGCACACUUUGGAUCAAGCAAGACACAUCUCGGCAAGGAGGACAAUACCUAUGAGAUAAAUGAAGACUGAAGGCAAGAAAUCAGCUGCUGCACUCCUAAACCCCUGACUGAGGACAGGAGGACUAGAUAGACACUUAAUGGCAUGGGUACUGAGAUAUUAGUUCCUCCUAAUAUGGCUGAUAAGAGAUUCACUGCCUCCCUAUGUCCAAACACCAGAUACAUUUGUAGAAUGAGUGUAGCUAAGACAAAUCAUUUCUACAGACACCCUCCAUCCAUACUGAUUGAAUACAAGUCCAUCUAUUGAGUCUGUAUGGGUGGGAAGUGCAAAGCCUGACUAAUCAUUCAUGCAGGAAUCAGUUUACAAUACAUUUCUCUUCUCUUUAUCUCUGCAACACUUGCGAAGGUUUGGUGAGGUGUGUGUUGUGUUGUCAUUCCUGCCUCACCUUUCUUGACUGUAGUGUGAUCUUGCAUCAUUAACAAAGAGGAACCUGAAGGAAAGAGGAGAUAGUUGUUAGAGGUAAUUAUAUGAGAGAUGAGAAGGAAGGUAGGAGAAAUAUGAGAGAUGAGAGGGAAAGUAGGAGAAAAAGAUAUAAGGUGAAGGUAAAGAUGACAUGAAUUUAACCUAUUCAGUACUGGGAUGCAUUUUAACCGAGUUUCAGUAUGAUUACACAACUUUCUUUACAUAUUAGCAAGUUUCUACGGAGGUCAGAAGAUUAAUGCAGAGUCUUCACUAUCUUAAUCCCUACACAAGUUUCUGAAGCUGUAUAAAAUCACCAAAUAGUAAGCAGAAUAAAUAUGAACACACGUCAUGGUACUGAAGGUGUUAAUAGGGAAAGGUGAGGAGAACAGGCAAGCUUACACAGGAAAGUUUCAUCCCCUAGCAACUCCCUAAGUGAUGAUACAUGCUGUAGAUGAUGAAGGGAGGAAAGUUUGCAGGAUGUGGUCUAUACGUAACUGCACCAUUCCAAGUAUCGUCCAGGUGCUUGGUGACGACAGCACAAGAUAGAUUACUGUGCAAGGUUGGGCAACUUAGCUUUAGGUACUAGUGAUAUUAAAUCAACAACUGCAGUAUUUAUGUCUGGAAAAGUGUGCGUGUGUGUGCGCUCUUCUGUGCAAGUGCACGUGUGUAUGUAUGUGUAUGUUUGUGAUGUGCAUGUUGGUUAGGUGACGGGUAGCUCCAUAAUAUUGUGCCGUUUAACUUAUAAUGAUAUUUAUUUUAGAUUAUACAAUAUUAAGCUUGUUUUUUAUGGUACUUAAUAAAUAUUUAUAUUCAAA